AUGACAUACUCACAAAAUCCAGUUCUACUACAGUCAGUCUCGUGCGUCCCUCGAUCGAGGACUGCGUUUCCGCCGGUGCUACGUCUAUACCAGAUCAGCGGGAUGACAAUGUUGGACCUGGGCCUGUACCAACUGAACACCUAUCUGCGGGAUAUGAAGAAUGUGGUAGCAAGGUCCGCCGUCCUGGGCGUGUUCGCCGCGGCCUCGGUCGCCCACGUGCAGACCGAGUGCUCCAACGUUCUUGAUCCGACCUACCCUGUUCCCAUCGUCGCCAGCGGAUGGCAGGCGCAGCUGGUUGCGGUUAAUCUGACCAAGCCUCGGAGCAUUGUUUUCGAUAACGCCGGCGGUCUCUUGGUUGUCGAAAGCGGCAAGGGGAUCAGCCGACACAUGUUUAUCGACAAUGGCGGCACUUGCCUUGUAUCGGACGAAACCCGCAUGGUUGUGGAGAUGCCAGAGCUUAACCACGGCAUCGCACUUUCGGAAGACGGCCAAGAGCUCCAAACCCUCUUUGCCUCCACUGACACAUCGGUUUUUUCCUGGACAUAUAACGGCGGGGAUGGAAGGGUCAAGAGCCUCCGGGAUUCCGUCGUGACCGACAUGUAUAACAAACGCCUGGCGACCCGCACGCUCCUCAUGUCCAAGAAACAACCCGGCACUCUCUUGGUUUCCAAGGGCGGCCCCGAGACAAACGUUGCGGGGAAUCAACAUUACGGGUUGCAAAUCCGCGCCUUCGAAUUCACCAGCGUCACUCGAGACUUUCCCCUUUAUAGCUUCUUAAGGGAAGACGAAGGUGUCGUCCUUGGCCGGGGCCUACGCGACAGCGUCGGCGUGGCCGAGCAUCCAGUCACGGGUGGCAUCUACGCCGUGGAGAACAGCGCCGUUGUCGCCAAGCGCAACGGCAAGGAUGUGCACGAGAACAACCCUGGUGAGGAGCUCAACUUCUUAGGGUACCUAAACGGCACGGCCACGGCGACAUGGAACCAGAGUACCCACUUUGGGUACCCAGACUGCCUCGCCGUGUGGCAAGUAGACGAGAUCCCGGACAACGACGGCCUGGCCAUCGGCACGCAGUUUGCCACGCAAGAGAACACCACCUUUCGGGACGAGACGUGCGCCGAGAACUACGUUCCACCCCGGCUGACCUUCCCGGCGCACUACGCCCCCACCGACAUCAAGUUUUCAAGUGACGGCAAAACGGCGUACAUCGCGUUCCACGGGAGCUCCGACCGCUCCUCCACCCCCCGCGGCUACCGCCUCUCCUCAGUAGCCUUCAACGCGACGACGGGCGAGCCAAUCGCGGCGGCCGACAGCAACGAUGCUCUCACGGACGUGCUUACCAACCAAGACCUCAGUGACUGCCCCGACAACUGCUUCACGCCGACGGGGCUGGCGUUUGAUGAGCAGGGCAGACUGUGGAUGUCGUCUGAGGCGACAGGGGAGCUUUAUGUGCUGCAGCGGACGGGGGAGAAUGGAGAGGGGAGGUUCGUGCUGCCGGUUCAGGGUGAUGACGCUGGUGAGAAUGGGGCGGGUAGGCUGGAGGGGGGGGAUGUGGUCGUGCUGGGGUGGAGUGUGGCUGUUGGGUUGGGGUUCUGGCUGGCGGUAAUUUAG